UCAAAGUGGGACAAGAACAUUGUUUAUUAUUGAAUGUUCGUCUGCUAAAAGUAUUAAGAAAUUUUCGUUUUAUCCACAAGAAGAAGAGGUUUUACUUCCUCCGGCUCGUCAAUUUCAAGUAGCAGAUUCGUUAAAUCAAGGAAAUGGUCUUCACAUUAUUCAAUUGAAAGAAAUUCAACCAAAAUAUCCAUUGAUCAAUCCUGUGCCACAACCGGCUCAGCCAACACCAAUUAAUCCACCCGAAUGUAUUAAUCCCAAGAUACAAAAAUAUAUUGAUGAUUUGAACACGGAUCCGAAACUUACUAAGCUAAGCGUUUGCUUUGUUCCACUCAGCAACAAAGAAGUGAAGAUUCUUGCCAUGGCCAUACAAAACAAUAAAACAUUGGAAGAACUGACGUUUCAAGAAAGUCAGCUUGGUUCAUCAGAAGUGCAAUAUCUUGCGAAUGCUAUACAAAACAACAAAACAAUUACAAAGCUAUGGUUUUCAACAGAGCCAUUUGGAUCUCAGGGAACAUUAUAUCUGGCUAAUGCUCUACAAAAUAAUCGAACCAUCGUUGAAUUAUAUCUUAAUAAUAACAAAAUCGGUCCAGAAGGAGUUCAACAUCUUGCAAAUGCUCUAGCAAAGAAUAAAACACUCACUAACCUAACGAUCUCCAGCAACAAAAUCGGGCCAGAAGGAGCUCAAUAUCUUGCUACUGCAUUGCAAAAUAAUAAAACUCUCACUGAACUAUCUCUCUCUCGUAACGCAAUUGGGCUGAAAGGAGUAGAAUAUCUUUCUAAUGCUCUCGAAAACAACAAUACACUUACUACACUGGUACUUGGCUCUGAAAACAUUGCUAAUGAAGAAAUGCAACAUAUUAGCAACGUUCUUGUCACCAACAAAACACUCGAGAUACUUUUUCUCCACGGAAAUCCAGGUGAUUCCAAUCAAAUCGAUUCGCAAGGCACACAAUAUCUUUACAAGGCUCUACGAAACAAUCAUACAUUAAAUACUUUAACAAUUAAUAAUCACAAUAUUAAUAAUGAAAGUGUAGAACACAUUGCCAUUGCUUUGCAGUAUAACAGAACGCUCACCACAUUGUACUUGACUAUUAAUCAUAUCAAAUCACAAGGUGCUCAGUAUCUAGCCAAUGCUCUGCAAAAUAACGAAACACUCACCGAACUAAAUCUCUGUAAUAACGAAAUCGGAUCUGAAGGAGCUGAACAUAUUGCCAAUGCUCUACUAAUCAACAAAACACUCACUAAUUUAAACCUCAGCGAGAACAGAAUAGGACCACAAGGAGCUCAAUGUAUUGCUAAUGCCUUGCAAUGCAACAAAACAUUGAAAAAGUUUUAUUUAAAUAAAAAUCAUAUCGGCGAUGAGGGAACUCAAUAUUUUGUUAAUCCCCUCUCGAGCAACGAAACAUUAACAAAUCUAUCUCUUGAUAAGAAUCAAAUUGGAUCACAAGGCGCACAGUAUCUUGCCAAUGCUUUAUUGCGCAAUAGAACACUUAUCAGACUAGAUAUUUCACAGAAUGAAAUGAAAUUUCAAGGAGUACAAUAUCUUAUCGAUGCAUUACGAAGUAACAAAACACUUAAACACUUGGGCGUUGGUAUCAUCGGAUUAAAUGACGACGAAAGAAAACAAAUUCUAGAAAUAUUUCGAAAUAAUACGAAUUUAAAAGGAUAUAGCUGGUAA